CCGCUAGUCGUCCUGAUAUCCAGCAUAGUGUGUGCUUAUGUGCCAGGUUUCAGGCUGCACCUAAGGAGAGUCACUUCAAAGCAGUUAAAAGAAUGUUUAGGUCUCUAAAAGGAACUCCAGAUAUUGGCUUAUGGUACCCUAAACAUGAUAACUUUACUUUACUAGGCUAUAGUGACUCCGAUUUUGCGGGUAGUCUAACCGAUAGGAAAAUCACCACAUGUACCUGUCAAUUUGUAGGAACUUUUCUAGUCUCUUGGUCAUGUAAGCAACAGGGUGCAAUUGCCCUUUCCACUGCUGAAGCAGAGUACAUAGCUGCAGGCAGCUGUCGUGCUCAACUCAUAUGGCUUAAAAAUCAACUUAAAGAUUAUAAUGUGUCCACUUAACCCAUUCCCCUCUUCUGUGACAACACCAGUGCCAUCUGUAUGUCCAAAAAUCCGGUUCAGCAUUAAAGAACCAAACAUACAGAAAUUAAAUAUCACUUUAUAAGGGAUUUAGUUCACCAGAAUAUUAUUCACAUCAGUCAUAUUUCUACUGAAUAUCAACUGGCGGAUCUCUUUACUAAAGCCUUGAAUGUUGAUCGAUUCACCUUCAUUUGUUAUGAAAUUGGUUUAAGAUCUCCAGAUCAUCUGGAGGAUUCUUCCUGAUUUCUCGGUUGCUCUUUCCUUUCUUUUCUUUCCUGUUUUGUGUCUUUGUGUGUUUCUUCCUGUUUUGUAGUGUUUACUUCCUUUUCUCGUGGCAAGUCAGUCUAUUUAACUGAGUCAAGUCAAGUCUUUCGUUCUGCAUUCAAUCUUUUAGCUCUUAGGUUCUAAGCUCAUAGUUUCAAUGGUUCUAGGGGCUCUCUCGCACGUACACAUGUACUCUCUUCCAUGACCCAAUUCUUGCCAACUCUCGCCGUCAUGCUGUUUCCUUUGCCCGUCGUCCUAUCAUUCCUACCUAUCAUGUUCCUUUUCCUGAUUUAGUCGAGUAUGGUCUAGAUGUCUCUCAAUACCUUCAUAAUCUGGGUUGGGAUUUCCUCAUGGCCGAUCCUAUUGAGUAUAUUUGCUGAGGCUGUUCGUCUGUUCUACUCGAACUUUCGUUCGUUUGGACUUCAUACCCGUACCUUCACCACUCUGGUGUAUGGGCAUCUGGUCACUGUUCCUCUAGAAUAUCUUAGGCAUCUGUUGAAUAUCCCUCGGGUAGGAGAGAUUCUUGCUAAUGAGACUGAACUGGUUCACUUCAAUUUCAAUAUUGAACAUGAGUUUGUUCAUCUCACUGGUCACACUCCUGAUGUUUUCCUCACUCUCCCUUCUGCCUUUUUGCUACCCUCCUUGCGCACUUUCCACUUUUUUCUCACUCGUCAGUUCCUUCCAUGGACUGUGCUGCUCGAUAGGGUUACCCCUCUAGACCUCUGGAUCAUCGCCCAUGUCGUUGCCAAUGUCCCUCUUGACUACUGUCACCUAUUAUUUGGUGGCCUAUAUCCCUUUCAACAGUUUGAAUAUCUAGGUCAUCUUCAUUUUGGUCCUCUCAUCAUUCGUCUUAUUCUCUGUCUUGGGAUCUCUCUCGAUCCUUUUCGCACCACCACUCUGAAUGUUUAUCUUACUGCGGAUGACAUUCUUGAUGAGAUUGCGGAUGACAUCGUUGAGUGGGAGGAUGAUGAAGAUAUGGAGGAAGAGACUGCUGAGGAGGAGUCUGGAGAAGAACCUGAGGAAGAGCCUGCUGAAGUUGAGGGGGAGUCUGAAGAAGAACCUGAGAAAGAUCCUGACAUAGAAGUUAACUGGAUUAGCAGCGAUGACUCUGGCUCAGAGUCAUCUGACACUGACCCAGGGUCUCCCCCUUUAGAUGUUGUCUUUGCUGCUCUUCAGGAUGUCUAUGGCUCUGAUUAAGUGUCUUAGGAGAGUUUUGAGUGUUGCCAAACUCAGUGGUUUGCUGGACAUGUUUCACUAGUUCUUGCCUGCUCUUUGAUCAUUUUUUUUAGUCUGUGAUGGUUUGAUGGACGUGUCUCACCAGCUUUUGGAUUGGUUUUGUUGGAGUUAUUCUGCUAUGAGAUUGUAUUUCAAGACUUCUUUUUGUGGACGUCUUUUUUGUUUUGGUCUGGGAAAGGUGUUUGCUUCUGUUUGCAGGUAUCAACGAGUCAAUCAACAAUCUCAAACUUAGGGGGAGAUUGUUGGACUAAAGAAUCUCAUCAGAU